CAACGCAGUCUUGAUGCUGCAAGCGCCAUGUGGACCAACUGCAGUCGUUUGCUGUGCCUCUACCUGAGCCUGAGCCUGUGCCUGUGCCCGGGCCAGUGCCUGUCGGUCAGCGGCAGUCCGCAGGAAACGAUUGUGAGCAAGUUCCUGAGGCACCUGGACGUUAUACCCGAUCUUAUAGAUGUGGGCCCCCAGGAUUUUCUCAAUGUCACCUACGCGGGCAACAUACGUGCCGAUCGUGGUGUCGAGCUGCAGCCGCUGCAGGUGCGGGAUGAGCCGACGGUCCAUUGGAUCGCUGGCAAGGAUGAUUACUAUACGCUGCUGAUGACCGAUCCGGAUGUGCCAGAGAAAAUGUAUCCGCAGCUAAAGGAGUAUCUGCACUGGCUGGUUGUCAAUAUACCCGGCGACCACAAGUCGCUGGGCGAUGUCCGUGUUGGCUAUGUGGGCGCCACGCCCGCCAAAGGCAGCGGCCUACAUCGUUACGUGUUUCUGCUCUACAAGCAGCCGGAUUAUCUAAAGUUCGACUUCGAUCAUGUGCCCAAGCAUAGCGAUAGGAGCCGCAUCAAAUUCAGCACCCGCGAAUUUGUCCAAAAAUAUAAUCUAGGCUUUCCCCUGGCUGGCAAUUUCUUUACCAGCGAAUGGAGCAAAGAGGUGCCGGACUUGCACAAGGCCCUCCAUCCUAAGGGGGAGACGUUGUCGUUUUAGGCAAUCGACAAGCCGCAGCUGUUGGCCGGUUUUGUCGGAUUGCCAAAGAAACGCAUAAAUUAAGCUAAAGCCAAGCUGCGAUAUCAGCUUAUUGUCAAAUCGUACACUGUAAAUAAAUUGUCACACAAAAUAUAGCCCGACA